AAAGUAUAUUAGUUACAGAAGUAUACCAGCAAGUACCAGUUUGAUUUUGUUCCUCCUCCUCAUUCCCUCUCUCUCUCUCUUGAUAAUUGAAUGUGUUUGUAUCUUAAUACCUCUUAGCAUUACUCAUUCAUUCGCAUUCAUUUGCAAUUUCCAAUGAAUUCGUUUCAACAACUUCUUCUGAAGUUUCAAUAAGAAGACAGGAAUUCUUCUUCUUGCAUUUCUCUGUUUCUAUACCAAAUUUCGCUUUCAUUUCGUUAAAAUGAUGAACAGAAGUUAUUCAUUUGCUGGAAACAAAAAUGUACCGGUAACAUCACAGCAUCGGAGAGGUAGAAGUUUAACUGGGAUUCCUAAAGAAACUGAUGAAAAUUUGGAUCUCUUCUCCAGAAACCGCAGGAGUUUGCCAGUUACAGCUUCCGAUGAAUCGGACGUUUCUAUAAAAUUGGAGAGUAUAAGGUCAAGAUUUCCGAAAACUGCAAUGGAGGAAUUAUUGGCAUCAGUUGAUGGAGGAGAAAAGCAUGAUUAUGACUGGCUUCUGACUCCACCUGGAUCUCCUCUACCAAGUUCAGGGUCUCUAAGAAGGGCUCCUUUAACUGGAUCAGUCCCUACCACCAAGUCUUCCAGGCUUUCAGGGACACAAUCUGAGAGUAACUUUUCCUUGAGACCGAGUAGAAAUACUUCACAAGCUCGACCUUCCAUCUCUUCCAUGAGUUUUAACAACAGAUCCACUAACCUCAACACAAGUAUAUCAUCUGUUACUUCUAUUUCCAGACCAUCCACUCCCGGUUCUCGUUCAUCUGUGCCAUCUACUGCAAGACCGUCCACCCCAACUAGACAAUCGACAUCCGUCAGAUCUCGGCCAUCUACCCCUAGCAGAUCUAAUGAAAGACCCCGAGCAUCUGUUAGUUCAAGACCCUCAACUCCAACUUCCAGACCUCAAAUUACUGCAAAUUCAGUUAGGUCAAAUUCUCGUCCAUCAACUCCGACACGUCCAGCAACUCCUACUCGUCAGAUGUCUGCACCAGCUGCAGUUACAAUCACAGGUCGACCAGUCUCGAGAGGACGAGUACUCUCGAGCGACCAUAAUGUCGGCCCAACAUCCAGGGGAAGUUCCCCGAAUCCACGACCUCGACUUCCAGUAGCAUUACCUGACUUUUCACUUGAGAUACCACCAAAUCUUAGGACUACCGUGCCAGAUCGUCCAAUUUCUGUAGGUAGGUCCAGACCAGGUGCUUCAGUCAGUGGGAGAGGAAAUUCAGAAAUAACAGGACCCACAAAUACUCCACGGAGGCCGGCUUCUCCUGUUGUUACAAGGGGGAGGCUUCAGGUUCCAGAACCUAUGGGAAGGAAUCGAUUGUAUGCCAGCGGUCACGAAAUAAGUGGACCAAUGGAGAAUCAAAGAACAACAUCGAUUUCUGAACUAUCAACGCGAAAAGGAAUGAGGCCUAUGACAGCUAUAGACAAUAAUGACGGAUCUGGAAGGACAAUUGCGAAGAAAUCUCCUGACAUGGCUCUCAGGCAAAUGGAUGUCCGACCUGGUACUGCACACAUUCGUCCUCUCGCAGGCUCUCUUUUCCCUCAGAGCGUUCACUCUGGAAAGCCAAAAUCUCCAGCUUCCUUCUACAACUAUGAAGAGCAGUCACCUUCCGGUAAUAACUUUCUUGCGGCCUCUAAGAACAGACAGUUUUAUGACAGGUCACGUGACAGUGAGUAUGAAAAAGAUGACUGUAGAUUCUCAGCAAAACCGACUGAUAAAAUAGACAUUUAUGAGAGUUCUCGCUACAAUGCUAUCUUGUUCUCGGAAGACUUGAAGAACACAAGUUGGUUACACAGCAUCGAUGAUACAUCUGAUCAGGGUUCAAUGUUUGAUCACCGUUUUGAGCCACUGCCUGAACUGUUUGAUCCUUUAUGAUUUUUUCUGUAUUGUUUUCAGUUAUGUGGUCCUUUUUCCUAUUUUUUCCGACGACGGAGGGCCUAAAUUUUCUUAUGUCUAUUCGAGUGAUUGUACCACCAAAUUGUUGUGAGUGCCGUCUUAUUUCUGAAUCUUGCAAGCAGGCAAGGGGGCUUCCCAUACCUCUGUCUAAAUAGCAUGCGUCCAAUUUUCUGAGCCACGUUGGGUACACUGUAAAGCUUGAUGAAUGUGUAUUAAUAAUCGGUGAACAAUGUCUCGCGUCAUUUCCAAUGAAACACAGCUACAAAGUGAACUGAGGG